GUGCGCAGGCGCCGAGAUCUCUCCUUGUCAGUCGGCGCCGCGUGCGGUUUCAGUGGGCUGUGGCAGCGGUAGCGACUAGUCUCCGGCACCAUGAGUGGCUUCAGCAGCGAGGAGCGCGCCGCGCCCUUCACCCUCGAGUACCGAGUCUUCCUCAAAAAUGAAAAAGGACAAUACAUAUCUCCAUUUCAUGAUAUUCCAAUUUAUGCAGAUAAGGAUGUGUUCCACAUGGUAGUUGAAGUUCCACGAUGGUCUAAUGCAAAAAUGGAGAUUUCUACAAAGGACCCUUUAAACCCAAUUAAACAAGAUGUGAAAAAAGGAAAACUCCGCUAUGUCGCAAAUUUAUUCCCUUAUAAAGGCUACAUCUGGAACUAUGGUGCCAUCCCUCAGACUUGGGAAUACCCAGGACACAAUGACAAACACACUGGCUGUUGUGGCGACAACGACCCGAUUGAUGUGUGUGAGAUUGGAAGCAAGGUCUGUACAAGGGGUGAAAUCAUCCGUGUGAGGGUGCUGGGCAUCCUGGCCAUGAUCGACGAAGGGGAGACCGACUGGAAAGUCAUUGCCAUUAACGUGGACGAUCCUGAUGCCUCCAGUUACAACGAUAUUAAUGAUGUCAAACGACUGAAGCCUGGGUACCUAGAAGCUACUGUGGACUGGUUUAGAAGAUACAAGGUUCCUGACGGGAAACCAGAAAACCAGUUUGCUUUCAAUGCCGAAUUUAAAGAUAAGGGGUUUGCUGUUGAUAUUAUAAAGAGCACCCAUGACCAUUGGAAAGCACUGGUCACCAAGAAAAUCGACGGGAAAGGACUCAGUUGCAUGAACACAACAGUGUCUGAGAGCCCCUUCAAGUGCGACCCUGAUGCUGCCAAAGCCAUUGUGGAUGCUUUACCACCACCCUGUGAAUCUGCCUGCUCAAUACCAUCAGAUGUGGAUCAGUGGUAUCAUCACCAGAAGAACUGAUGGCAUUUCUCCGGAACACAAGUUGACAGUGCUGCAUCCUUUUCAUCUGGAAGCAUUAGAUAUGCAAAAGUAGUAGCUUUUCAAAGUUUUAAAAUUAUAGAGCUAAUCUGAAGAAAUUUUGCUGUAACCCAUCCCGUAUAUUCAGAAUGUUGGCCAUCUGGAAGCAUUUUUCAUAACUCAGCUAAGUUCUUAUAUUCCAAGAUGUUGUCAUUUGGAAAGUGUGGUAGUCAUUUGUGAAUAGAUGUGCAAGAUAAGUAUAUACUGGAUGUGUAUGUAUACCAUGUGUUAGGAAAUAAAAUUGUUUUGCUGAAACU